AUGUGCCAAGGCAGAGUGCGGCACCGAAUUGGGACCCAAGUGCGCAACGCAACCAUUACAAACGCCGCAUUUACGGCGUCCCCAAACACCGGUCACAGACUGCUAUGGCUCACCGCCAAGGCUGGCCAUGCUCCUGUCAUUGAGGCGCUUCUGGAUGCCGGUGCCGGUCCGUUUGAGGUCAACGAACUGGGCAACCCGUCGAGCCGGACCCUCAAUGCGGCCAGCAUUCUAGGCGACGUCCGAAUCGUGGAACUCCUUGUCGAGGCUGGAGUAGACCCGAACAUGUUCCUGGUCGGUGGGAAAGAUGUGCAGCCGGACUGGUACACAUACCCAGAGCCCGAGGCAUGUCAGCAUGGCUACUGCCAACCAAGCCCCAGUGAAAACACCUACCAAUACGAAAGAUAA